UACAAUCCAUCACACCCUACUUUCAAAUAAUCAGUGGAUCUCUAAUGGCGACAAGAUUGGACCGUUUGGUCCUUCUCCUGGAUACGGGUUCUACUCCAGCUGUUCGUUUAACAGCCGCACAGCAAUUAGGGGAGAUCCAAAAACAACACCCCGGAGAGCUACAUAAUUUGUUAUCAAGGGUUGUUGUUCAUUUGAGCAAUAAAGAAUGGGAUACUCGCAUUGCUGCGGGCCAAGCGAUCGAAGCCAUUGCCAAAAACGUCCCGUCAUGGGAUCCUCCGGAAACUGUCAAAAUCGAAAACGCGAAACCCACCAUAAACGAAUCAAACGAUAACAAAUAUUCUUUUGACAAUUUUGACAUCAAGAAUGUGUUACAAAACGGAAAACCAUUACUGGGUUCGGCAGGAAAAGAAUAUGAUCUUGACUUGAGUGAUCUUGAUCCAGCACAACGAAUUGCAUUACAGCACAAAAAUCUUAGAGAAAGAUUGGGAUUAGGGGGCGAAUUCAUGGAUGUCGAUUUAUUAGAUGAUGCGGAUAUUAGCGGCGCAGUAAUGUCACAACAAAAUUUAACUGUUUCCAAAACAGAGAUUAAUGUGCAACCGCCUCGUUCUCCU